AUGAGGACAUUAACUUCUGGCAGGACACCGAAAAAUCAGAAACAGUGCCAAAUAUCUCGUAAACUUGAGAACAAUUUAGAAGAGAAAGAGAAGAAGACGUCCUGCAUGAACGCUGUUCAAGAAGUCUUCCAGACAGUUUCAAAUCGACCUAUAUGCUUUUGGACAGCGUCAGAUGUAGAUGAUUGGCUGCGUAAGAGAAGACCAAAGCUCGCACUGAAGUAUUCACUGUAUUUUCUAAGGCACAAUGUAACAGGUCGAGUUCUUGUUGACAUAACAGACGUAGAUCUUGAAGAGAUUGGUAUUGCCUGCUAUGAUGAGAGUAGGUUCCGGCGUAUGCGUGUGUACAAUCAUCGUGCCACUUUUGAGCAAGCGCAGUUAGUCGCAGAGCUUUUCGAAAAAGGCGAGAACACGGACAUGAAGAGCUGUGAUGAAACUCGAAGUGACACAACAGUUGAAGGAUUAGUGAAGGUUCGGACCUCCAAUAUUUUGAGCUUGCCAGACGACAUACUUCUGAAAAUAUUCGGUUACGUCUUUGAUCCUCAAACGUUUGAGCCACACACAUCGUUGAAAAGUCCUGGACAAAUCUGCACGUUUCUCACCAUCGAAGGUAUGGUGAUCACAGACGAUCUCAUGGAUAUGCUGUAUAAGUUAGAUCUAUCGAGAGUAGAGGAAAUGUUUUGGCAUGAUAUUCAAGGGGCAUCUGCGACCAAUGUUGUUGAAAAAAUGCAGAAAUUGCUGACUAUGAUGCCUGAACUCUGUUAUGCCGAGUUUCGUUCUGCCUCUUUUGAUCCGGCUGCAAUGUUUCCGGAAUCUAAUUGCUAUUGGGAUGACAUUGGCUUCGAAAAGUGA